CCCCGAGGGUGAGACCCUCCGUCGCCGGUGCAUAUUCCAUCGGAUCGAAAUACGAGUUUGCAGUUCUUCGCUUGCCACCGCCGGUGGUCCAUUGACCCAUCUUCAAUUUUUAUUUGUGAUAAUUUCAAGUUUUUUACGGGACACAGUGCCAUGGAGGGAGUGGGAAAUUACCGGUGACUCCAAUUGUCUUUGGAUUAGUAACAAAUUGCGUUCCCUUUGAUCCCCGAGGGAAUCGGAAAUUCAAAUUUUCUGGGCUUUCGGUGGGUUUGAGUUCUCUGUACCCGGAGCUAGUAAUAAAAUCAAGAUGAGGUUCAGUGUCACCAUCGUCGAUGACUUCCUGAAUCGGACCUUCUUCAAGGUCGGCCUGAUCGUCGGCCGACAUCCGGGAUAUUUUGUCAUAGUCCCAAUCUUAUUAGCGUGCAUAUGCAUCACUGGUUACCAAAGAAUUAACUAUGAAAUCGAUCCAGAGUAUCUGUUCUCGCCCAUCAAUGGACCUGCCAAGUACGAACGAGCUGUUGUUGAACAACACUUCAGGGUCAACUACAGUCAUGAUUUCGACGUCACGAGAAUCACUAGAGCAGGAAGAUUCGGUCACGUCAUAGUAGUCUCCAAAGACGGAAACGAAAACAUGUUGCGCUCAGAAGUAUGGAAAGAACUCCGUCUUCUCGACGAGAUAAUCAGAAACACAACAGCUGUCUACGACGGCCAGAGCUUCACAUACGAGCAAGUCUGUGCUAGAUACAAGGACGAGUGCUCCAGCAACAACAUCCUCAAUCUGGAUCAGAUCAUGGAGGAUGUGGAGACUGGCCAGUUGAAACUAACGUUUCCAGUCAUGUUCAAUCCGGUCACUUGGGACUCGCAUAUAUUUCCCCUUUAUUUUGGAGGAAGUAUCAUCAAUCCUGAGGACUCAACCAUCGACUCGGUGCCCUCUGUGCAGCUGGGGUACUUCGUGGCGGUUGAUAAUAAGCGGCAAGAUGCUGUGGGAGGGGCGUGGGAGGAAGCCUUCUUGAAUACCCUAGGCGCCGCCGAAGACGACAAAGUCUUCAAGCACAUAAGCGUCGCUCGAUUCGCCUCAAAAACCCUGGAACUCGAGCUCGAGGCCAAUACCAAGACAGUUGUGCCGUAUUUCGCGAGCACAUUCGCGAUGAUGGGAAUUUUCUCCGUGGUUACGUGCAUGAUGACCGAUUGGGUGAGAAGCAAACCCUGGCUCGGGCUCCUGGGCAAUGUCUCAGCGGCAUUGGCAACUGUCUCGGCAUUUGGCCUCUGCAUGUACAUCGGCAUUGACUUCAUCGGAAUUAAUCUGGCCGCCCCCUUUCUCAUGAUCGGGAUUGGAAUUGAUGACACCUUCGUGAUGCUCGCCGCCUGGCGAAGGACCAACAUAUUGAAUCCAGUCCCAGAGAGAAUGGCCAAGACAUUGAGCGAGGCUGCUGUUUCAAUCACAAUCACAUCCCUCACAGACAUGAUUUCGUUCUUUAUCGGCAUUAUGUCUCCUUUCCCUUCUGUUCAGAUUUUCUGCAUUUACUCAGGUUUCGCAGUUGUCUUCACUUUCCUCUUCCACCUGACCUUCUUCAGCGGCUGUGUAGCCAUCAGCGGCUAUUGCGAGCAGCAGAAUCGUCACAGUAUUGUCUGCUGCAAGGUCCAGCCGCUUUCCAAGUCAGGCCAUAGAUCAUGGUUGUACCGGGCCCUGUGCAGCGGAGGGGUGAACCGAGAAGACCCUGCGAACCCCAUCGACAACCCAGAGCACGGAUGCAUGACUUGGUUCCGUGAUUACCUAGCAGCAGCCCUCAACUGUCGCCCAGUGAAGGCUCUCGUCCUCAUCAUAUUCGCUUUCUACCUCGCCGGAGCUGUGUACGGCGUGACACAGCUGAAGGAAGGGCUCGACAGACGGAAGCUAUCGAAAGAAGAUUCCUAUUCAAUCACCUUCUACGAUCGAGAAGACCUCUACUUCCGGGAGUUUCCGUACAGAAUACAGGUGAUCGUCUCCGGUCAAUACGACUACAGCGACCCGGCGAUUCAAAACCAACUCGAGAACCUAACUCGCACCUUAGAAGCCACCAAAUGGAUCGGCGAGCCCCUUUACGGGGACAACUGGCUGCGCAGCUUCCGCGCUUACAUCUCAUCGAACCAAGAGGAGCUCAACGUCACCAUGGACACAGAGCAGGACUUCAUCAAGGCCUUGAGGACGUACUGGCCGACCUCCAUCCCAGACGUUCACUUGGACAACUCAGAGGAGCACAUAAUAGCCAGCAGAUUUCUGAUCCAAGCGGUGAACAUCAGUGGUACGAACCAGGAGAAGGAUAUGGUCCGUGAACUGCGACAGAUCUGCUCCCAGUCCCCCUUAAACGCCAGUGUCUUCCACCCUUACUUCGUAUUCUUCGACCAAUUCGAGCUGGUCCUCCCCACGACUAUCCAGUGCAUGGUCUUCGGUGCGCUCAUAAUGAUGGUCAUCUCCUUCAUCUUCAUACCGAACAUUCUCUGCUGCCUCUGGGUGGCCUUCUGCAUCGUCUCCAUCGAGAUUGGAGUGGCUGGCUACAUGGCCCUGUGGGACGUCAACCUCGACAGCAUCUCCAUGAUCAAUCUCAUCAUGUGCAUAGGGUUCAGUGUGGACUUCACAGCGCACAUUUGCUACGCCUACAUGUCCUCCAAGGAGAAGCGUCCCGACGACAGAGUGAGGGAGUGCUUGUACAGCCUAGGGCUGCCGAUCAUCCAGGGAGCUGCUUCGACGAUUCUCGGUCUUCUCGCUCUGAUUCUCGCUGGGACGUACAUCUUUUUGGUUUUCUUCAAAAUGGUGUUCUUGGUUAUCUUCCUGGGGGCUCUUCACGGUCUCCUGCUGCUGCCUGUGCUGCUGUCGAUCUUCGGGCCAGGAUCGUGCACCAAUCAUGAUAAGGAGGAGCAAGAGGCGAGGAUGAGGGCAAUGCAGCAGUUGGAUGUCUCCAAGCUGCCCAUCCCCUACGUCAUUCCCCAUCCGACGUUGUUCUAUCAUCAGAAUGGAGGGAAGCUGAUUCAGGGGAGUCCCACGACGAGUCUGGGGAAUUUUGAGGAGAGGGACCCCGGCCUGGGGACUAGUGAGGACAGCAAUUCCACGGAAAGUGGGUCCUCGCAGAGCAGGAGACGACAGAGGGACGAGGAGCAGUCACAGAGGCGGUACGAUGGGUGGAGGAGGUCUGUGGGUGAGCUCCAGAGCCUGUCGCAGUUCCAGGUUGGACAGGCACCGCUGCCGGACUAUCCUGGGGCGGGGGAGGGCGACAGGGGAUGCAGGGGAGGCCCUGGGGUCCAGGUGAAUUUUACUGGGGACAGGGGCAGGCGCAGCAGGUCACAUCAUAAUCUUGAUCAUUCGUUUGGGAGGUACAUGGGGGAUCCUAGGUUUCCUUGA